GUCUUUCUGGACAGUUGCUAGUGGCCCGAGAACGUGGGUUAUCGCUUGCAAGGCUACUGAUAAGGAUCAACACCAUCAACCAUCCGACCUUACAUAACGAGUAGACCCUGCAAUAGCUUGGCAAUAUGUUCCUCCAGGCUCUUUGCGGAAAUACCAAGACAAGAUGACGAGAGCGUGUGGAGUUAGUACCAGUGGUAGCUAAAGACGGGGAGAGAUAAGGGCUGUUGGAGAUAGCCUGCGAUAUGCGCCGAGCAGAAGUUUGACAAGAUGAAUCUCGAAGUAAUCUUGAAGCUAUGUAUAAAAAGCAGUGGUGUUCUGCUCCAGAGGGUAGAGACGUCGAACAGAUCCUGUCCCAAUCCGACCUGUUCAUACCCACACAUCGGUUGUCAACAUGAAGUUCUCCGCCCAACUCCUUGCUCUUCUCCCGCCUCUGGCAGUAGCCUCGCCCGUUAAUCUUACUCGUGCCGGCCUCCACAAACUCUUUGUACGCCAGGAUGUUCAAACAGCUAUAAACGCUUCGCUACCCAAUGUCACCAUAUUCGCAACAGGGGGCACAAUAGCCUCGCAAGGAACCAGCAAUACACAAACAACCGGUUACUCCGUUGGUCUUGGCGUCCAACAGCUUGUCGAUGCCGUCCCCGAACUGCUGAACAUCUCCAACAUUGCAGGCUACCAAAUCUCCAAUGUUGGCUCCGGCAGCAUCAAUGAGACCAUUAGCUUGAAGUUGGCUAAGAUGAUCAACGAAGAGCUAGCAAAAGACACCGUCUCUGGUGUCGUGGUUACGCAUGGCACAGAUACGCUUGAAGAGACUGCAUUCUUCCUCGAGAGCACUGUUAAUUCUACCAAACCGGUCAUUCUCGUUGGUGCUAUGAGGCCAGCCACAGCGCUCUCAGCCGAUGGACCGUUGAACCUUUAUCAGGCUGUGACUUUGGCUGGUUCGCCCGCUGGCCGUGACCGCGGGACUAUGAUUGUACUGAACGACCGCAUCGGCUCCGCUUUCUACACCACGAAGAACAACGCCAAUACUCUCGACACAUUCUUCAGUACCGAAGCCGGCCAACUGGGCGUCUUCAUCAAUCAGGUUCCAUUCUUCUUCUUCGCCCCCUCUGAACCCGUAGGUCGGGUAGUCUUUGAUGUAACCAACGUCACGGACCUUGCACAGGUUGACAUUGUCUACUCACACCAAGACAUGGAUCCCGCGCUUUUCAACGCUUCCUACAGCUCUGGUGCUAAGGGUAUCGUAUUCGCAGGUGUCGGCGCUGGAGGUAUGUCGGAUAAGGCUAGUCUGGCUGCUGAGGAACUUUACAACGCCACUGGCAUACCCAUCGUUGCUAGUCAUAGAAGUACAGAUGGAUUUGUGCCCGAUGGUGGUGAUUUCACGAUUGCAAGUGGCUUUUACAACCCCCAGAAAGCGAGAAUCGUUUUGCAAUUAGGAUUGACUGCUGGGUGGGGUGAGGAUAAGAUCAAGGAGGCUUUUGCGAAGAGUUAUCCAAAACCGUGAGUGGCUAGCAUGAGGAAUGAUAAUGAAUAAUAAAUUAAAAUAUCUCAAACAUG